AUGAAGUUCAAUCUGGCCAAAGGCCUGGUGUUUUUACUCGCUACCGAAACUGUUGCGGCUUCGAGCUGGUGGAGCAAAGCCGUAUACAACAAAUGGCAUGAAACCGAAUUGGAGCGAUGGCUCUCUGAUCAUGAUAUUCCCUAUCCAACCCCUGCCGACCGCAGAGAUCUCGAGAACCUGGUGAAGGCCAACUGGGAUACCCGAAUUCAAAAGCCCCUGGGUCAAGCUGCCGACCAGGUCUCUAGUGAUGCUCACCAAGCAAAGGAAUGGGUCUUUGACACUUGGUCGGAGUCCCAGCUGAAGGCAUUCCUGGAUCGCCAUGGCAUUCCUGCCCCUCAGCCCCGCAAGCGCGAUGUCUUGAUCAAGACGGCGCGCCAGAACUAUGAAGCCGUCGCGAAGAAGGUCGGCGAGACGGCGUCCUACCCUGGCAACUGGCUGUACGAGCAGUGGACCGAAUCCGAUCUGAAGGAAUGGCUGGACGAACGCGGAUGGCCUGCUCCCCAACCCACAACCCGAGACAAGCUCAUUGCUUCUGUGCGCCGUAACUCUCGCCUGUCGAGCUUGCAGGCCAAGGCCAUUGCCGCCUCGGCUGUCGCAUCCGCGCAGGCUGCCCAAGCAUCGCUGAGCGAAGAAUUGAUCAAUGCUUGGUCGGACUCGAAACUGAAGGAGUUCUUGGAUGAGCACAAUGUCAAGGUUCCUCAGGGAUCCAAGCGCAAUGAACUCAUUGCUCUGGCCCGUAAGCACCGCAGUUAUCUCCUCGAUCAGGCUUCCAGCGCCUCGGCCGCCGCCGCAGACACGAUCGGGGCUGCCACUACCAAGGCUGGAAAUGAGUAUGCUCGUGCCACGGAUGAUGCGAAGCUGAAGGCCGAGGAUGAGUUCAACGCUGCCAUCAAGCUGUGGUCCGACUCUCGCCUCAAGGCUUUCCUCGAUGCGCGAAGCAUCCCCGUGCCCCAGUAUGGCAAGCGAGACGAGCUCAUUGCUAAGGUCCGCGCCAAUGCUCACAAGGCUGCUGGCGGCUGGAACGAGUACAACUUUGAUACUUGGGACAAGGAGCAUUUGCUGAAAUACCUUUCUGCCAUGAAUUCCAAGGCCGCGAAGAAGGCCGAUGCCUCUCGAGAUGAACUUGUCAAGCACGCCAAGGACUCGUACGUCAAGGCCUCCAAGGCCGGUGGCGAACACUAUGCAUCGGCCACCAAAUCUAUCGCUCAGGCUACUGGGUCCGCGAAGGAUACCACGUUUGACCACUGGUCGCACUCUGAGAUCAAACAGUACCUCGACUCUUACGGCAUUCCCGUGUAUCAGGGCUCAAGCAUCAACGAACUCCGUGCCACUGCCCGCCGCCACGCCACCUACUUCAAAUAUGGUACGACCAAUCCCGUCGAAACCAUCUACGCGAAGGUCAUGGAUACUCUGUACUGGGCUCUUGACCAGCUGAAGAUUGGCGCUUCUAGUGGGCGUGCUCAGGGACAGGAGGCGGCUGAGAAGGUCCGCGAGAAGGUCACUGAACAGACUGGCCGGAUUCGUGGAGAGCUGUGA